AUGCAGUCAGCAUGCAUUUGUAUAAAUUCCAUUGGCUCGUACGAUUGCCGCUGUUUGACAGGAUUCCAUGGCAAAGGUUACCGCUGCGAGGAUAUCGAUGAGUGUCAGAGCGAAAUGCACAACUGUAGCGACCAUGCAGUGUGUGACAACACUGUAGGUUCCUAUAAAUGCAGUUGUUUCGAUGGAUUUGCAGGCAACGGACAGUCUUGUUACGACAUUAAUGAAUGCAAAACUAAUGCUCACAAUUGUAGUGCUCAAGCAUCAUGCAAUAACACUGUUGGCUCCUACAGUUGUGAGUGUCACAAAGGAUUUCUGGGAGAUGGACGAUCCUGUCAGGAUAUUAAUGAAUGCCAUACCAAUAACAACAGUUGUAGUGAUCAUGCAUUUUGCAAUAACACCAUCGGCUCCUACUCGUGCACUUGUCGACAGGGAUUCAUAGGGGAUGGACUGUCAUGUCAUGACAUUGAUGAAUGUGGUGAUGGAACUCACAAGUGUGAUAGGAAUGCAGAAUGCAAAAACACUAUGGGCUCUUAUGAAUGCGUGUGUCAUUCUGGGUUUUCCGGCAAUGGUUAUGUGUGUCAAGAUGUUGAUGAGUGCAGCAAUGGAAGUCAUCUUUGUAGCCCUCACUCCAGGUGUGUAAACAUCCCAGGAUCGCACAGCUGCAUAUGUAACAACGGGUAUCGUGGAAAUGGACAGUCAUGCAAUGGUAAGCAUAAAAUUAGCAAUUGAAGCGCUAUAAAUAUGUAGCCUAUGGCCUUCACUAUUAUGAAUCUUUUCUAUACACUCCUGGUGGUCAUGUGGUGGGAGCUUGAUAUUUCCAUGGUUGCUGUUCGUUUACUAUUCUAUCUCUGGAUGAGAGGGAUAAUUAACUCAUUUAAUUCCUUCGCAGAUAUCAACGAGUGCAAGGAAAGGACAGCCCAAUGCAGUUUGAAAGCAAGUUGUGUGAAUACCCCUGGUUCUUUCAGCUGUAAGUGCAUUGUGGGAUACCAAGGUGAUGGGAAAAAUUGCCAUGAUGAAGAUGAGUGCAGUAGUGGUCAGCAUUGUGCAAGAAAUGCAGAUUGUAGUAACACCGAUGGCUCUUACACAUGCAGUUGCAAUUCUGGCUUCCAUGGUGAUGGUUUUUUGUGUCAUGAUGUGGAUGAGUGCAGAGGGGGUAACCAUGGUUGUCACACAAAAGCUCAAUGCAAGAAUACCUGGGGAUCAUACAGUUGUUCCUGUAUUAAAGGAUAUCAUGGAAAUGGCAGGCAGUGUAAGGGUAAGCAGGCUGUGCUUCUAAGGUUUUUUUUGCUUUGA